AUGACCGCCGCCCCUUCCUACACUCUCGAUGGCUCCCUGGGCGAUACGGCGGUUCGCGUCGCCACCCUACCUGAUCCUCAAGAGGACAGAGCAAAUAAUGACGCCUUCAAUAUCGACCAGUAUCGCCAGCAAGUCCCAAAGUGGAAACGCAUCAGAGACCACAGCUUGACGCAGAUGUUGAUGAUGAGCGCGCUUGCUUUCUGUGGGCCGGCAAUGGGGGACGCGAUAGGUGGCCUGGGAGGGGGAGGUCUAGCUACACCAACCACUAGCAACAUCGCUACGGCAAUCUCCUACUCAAUGCUGGCCUCUGUGUGCUUUUUUGGUGGACCUAUCGUCAACACGCUUGGAACAAAGUGGGCUUUGGUCAUUGGCGCCGCUACGUUCCCGAUCCAUGGUUCCGCCUAUUACUGCAACUCAAAGUUCGGUAAUCAAUGGUAUCUGAUCCUUUCGGCAUUCAUUGGCGAAGCCGGGACGAUCAUGUCUAUCGCUCCAGGCGCCUCCCGCGGCAAAUACCUAGCUCUCUGGAUCGUCGCUCGUAACCUCGGACAGCUCAUCGGCGGUGCUAUCAAUCUGUCCAAGAAUCAUGCAAGCGACAAGAGUGGCGGCGUCAGCCCAUCCACCUACCUUGUCUUUGUCGCCAUCGAAUCGCUCGCCCUGCCGUUCGCAUUGCUCAUCAGCCCGCUGGAGAGAGUUGUUCGCUCGGAUGGGACUCGGAUCAGGAUAGAAGAAAAGAAACCGGCCAAGGAGGAACUCUUCACUAUCAAGAGGACUAUUUUCUCCAAGCUCAUCCUGUUGUCUGCGCCAUGGGCGUUCUGGUCGUUCUUCUACAGGCAAGUCUACGGCUCUUGGUCCACUUACCUGUCGCUCUACUUUUCGGUUCGCGCCAGAGCCCUAUCAUCUCUCAUCUCUCCCUUCUUCUGCAUUGUUGGGUGCUUUGGCCUUGGGUACGUUUUGGACCUCAAAAACUACAGCCAACGACGUCGCGCUCAGUUUGGCUUGGCUCUCGUCGUGCUAACCAACGCUGGCGUAUACAUUUGGUCAAUCAUCGAGCAAGUCGAGUUUAUCCGUGAUGAUCCCGGGGCCAUCGACUGGUCAGACAAACAGUAUGCGUCUGCGUUCUUGCCCUAUUUCUUUGUGCAGACUACGGGGCCGCUCUCGCAGAGCUACAUGUACUGGGUCCUGUCAUCCUUUGCCGAUAAUGCACAAGCCAACGUGCGGAAUGGCGCGGCAUUCCGGUGUAUGGAAGCUAUAGGUCAAGCGGUCGCUUAUGGUAUGAACACCAAAACCGGCAGCAACCCUCUAGUCGGAUUUUGUGUCACCGCUGGCCUGAUGAUAGCUGCGCUCCCGACUUUCCUUGUCCUCGCCAAUUCUACCCCGGACCGCAUUCCUGCUGAUAUCCUUCUUGAAGAGGAAACACGAAAUGUCAAGAACGAGGAUGACGGGACAGAGGAGAAGAAGGAUCCUGCUCUUGCAACCAUCGUAAGCUCAAUUUGA